AUGAGUGGUCCCGACAAGAGCCUAUUGAGUCGCCUGAGCGCGCUGAAGGGAGGCAGCUCCGGCGUCUCAUUAGACCGAUCAUCAAAUGCCUUGAACGUCUCAUUGACGGGCAUCGAGCCCGCCAAGCCCCCCUCACGAGAGGAUGCAUUGGCCGCGCGACUUCGCUCUCUGAGAAACACGCCCGAGCGCGAGGAGCCACCCAAAGCCCCAGCGCCGCCGCAGCAGUCCCAGUCACAGACCUCAAAGGUUCUCGGUCAGCAGGCAGGUGACCACGGAGCGACCGCGAGCUUAUCCUCGCCGGUGAUCCCGUCCAGCGGACCCCACCCGGCGGCGGCGGCGACAAUAGCACCGCCUCAGUCCCAGGCAACACCGUCCACCACCGCCCCGUCGUCGGUCCCGACGACGGAGGAUGACGUCGAUCCCCUCCUGCAGACGGACGACCAAACCCUCGAAGACCUGCUCAGCGGCGAGGAUCUCGACCCGCAAGACUGGGGCUUCGAUCCCUCGGCCGAGUCCGCCAAGGUGAACGCCCUUCUAGAAGAACUAUCGAAGGCUUCGCCCGCGCCGCAUGCCCCGGAGGAGAGGUCACCGCCCACGGGUGGUCAAAAGCCUAACAGGUCUCGUGAUGAGGAUGAUUCUGAAGGCGAGGAGAUGAGUCGAGAUGUGGAGACUCUGCUCUCUCAGGCUCUCGAUGAGGCGAAACUGAAUUCGCAGUCAGAGGAGUCACCUGACCCGCCACCGGCAUUGACUAACUCAAGGAGGAGCCAAGAGGAUGAAUCAGGCGGCGGCGAUCCAGGUUUCUCACUCCCAUCGGUUCCUUCAACCAUCACGGCGCCCAAGUCAAGCGGUGAUGACGCCGGCGGCCUGCCCGACCUAUCGUUACCGUCGGUCCCGUCGGGGGCCCCGAAGCACACCGCCGAUUCAGACUUUGACAACGACAUUGCGGCGCGCAUGGCGGCCCUCAGUGGUCUCGGUGCUCCGUCGGAGGGCGGCAUGGGGCUGCCCUCGGUACCUACGUUCCAACCGGCCGAUCGAGCGGUCAAGAGGUUGACGUCCAAGACGGGGUACACCGAUGAGGACGCCGAGACGUGGUGCACCGUCUGUCUAGAAGAUGCCACGCUCCAAUGUCUGGGCUGUGAGGACGUCUACUGUGCUCGCUGCUGGCAUGAGAUGCACGUUGGCCCGGCUGCCGCGUUUGAUGACCGCACGCAUAAGGCAGUCCACUUCGUCAAGCCGAAGAAAGAACAGAAAAGAAGGGUCGCACUAGGAGCAUCAUGA